AUGACGGAACGCCCCUUUUUUUCCGAGUCCAGACGGAGGAUCUUCCACCACCCUCACAUUUCAGAAGGCGACGGAAAGGAAGAAGGUCUUCUAGAGGGAGAGUGUCAAAAUGAACGACGACGAGAAAAAAUCCCAGGGGGACGACCAGCACCGGCUCGCCUCCUGCACAGCAACUACACACACUUGUGAUGAUCGACGAUGCUGAUAACGGUUCUGAAGAGCCAAGUGGUCCCUUGAGAGGUGGUGAUGGUUCGGAGAAACGGCUGGAGUGGCUGCUUAAGAGGACUGAAGAUGAAAGACGCAAAAUCGAUCCUUUAAGUGAUCCCUUGUUGCAUUGAGACGCGAUUAGUCUUUUAAGAGUCCCUCUAGGCUUGAGAAACUCCUUUAAGUGAUCCCUUGAAGCAUCAUCUCCUAUGAACUCUCCAGUGAAGCAUCGAGACGCAAUAAGCCCCUUAAGAGGUCCCUCUAAGGCUUGAGUAACUUCGAAGUGACCACUUAAGAGGUCAAGUAAAGGCUCUUCUCCUGCACAGCCACUACACACACUUGUGAUGAUCGACGAUGCUGAUAACGAUUCUGAAGAGCCAAGUGGUCCCUUGAGAGGUGGCAAUAGUUUGGAGAGGAGUGGUUGCUUAAGAAGACUACGGAUGAAAAAUGAAACUUUGAGAGAUCCUAUCAAGUAUCAUCUCCUAUGAACUCUCCAGUGAAGCAUCGAGAAGCAAUUAGUCCCUUAAGAGGUUCCUUUAAGGCUUGAGUAACUUCGAAGUGGCCGCUUAAGAAGACAGUUAUAAGCUCUUUUUCCUGCACAGCCACUCUAAUGGUUGGCAAAGAACAAACCUCUCAAGUGAACACUCAAGUCUUCCUUAAUGUAGAGAGGGUUGAUACGCAGAUUAGGAAAGCAAGUGGUCUCUUAAGAGAUAACUUCUAGUCGGCUCAAAGAGGGCGAAAAUUGUCUGAUCAGGAUCACGCAUGACAUGAGGACUCAUAGGAAAAAUCAGAAAUCGCGCUCUAUUGCUAAUUUUUUGGUUUAAAGUUUAUUACCUGUUUUUUUGGAGUUUGAAAUAACACAUUUCAGCUCAUGAAACUGUUAAAAAAAUGCCACACUCUUUUUAUUAGCCUUGGAGCGAACAUUCCCAUGUUUUUGAGGCAUUUUUGGAUUAGUACUCUUCAGUGACCACUUGAAGCAGUUUAGAAAGACUUCUUGAGAGCUGCAAAUGGUCAAAGCUUCUUCAAGGGUUUACUUUACAAUUACGUGGAUAAUUUAAUUUCUCACUACAAUUCUGAAGAAAUUCUAGGUCUUCUACGGACAUUUUUUGAUAAUCAUAACUGAAAUUUCGACUUCUGAAUAAUUAUUGAAUGAAUUUUACAAAUAAUAUUUCAUAAGCUUGACAUUUUCUUGGAAAAACAAAAAAAAAACCCACAUGAAGCUUGUGUCCCAUGUUGAAAGGUUGAAGACCGACUGAAAAGAAGUCGUUUUACGGCGGAACCAGGUCCAGCGGCCGCCCCAAUCUCACUAAUUUCGUUGUCUUCCUUCCGAAUGAAGUUGGAGCUGUCUGAAAUUUCCAACUACAAGAAAAUCAGAAAAUAGAAGUAAAACGUGAAAAAACGCAGGCAUUUCUUUUCGCGACGUCUCUUCGUCUUCUUGGCUUUAGCAAGGUCUGGGUUACUGUAUUCAGGCACUGUAGUAUUAAGCUACAGUACACCAAAAAAACCAAGAAAAAAAUCUUCAGAAUGUCGGGAGAAUCGUCCAAGUACGACACUUCAAUCACAGAAAAGAGCGUCAAAAAGAUAUGUAAGUUUUUUGCUCCAAAAUACAGUAGCUACAGUAAGCUGUGAGCUCGCUACAGUAGCUUCUGAAAUACUCUAGCUUGUCGAUUUUUCUCAGUUUUUUGUCUUGAAUUGAAAUAGUUCUGAUUUUUUGACAACGAUAGCCCUUUGAGCCUUUGAUUUACCAUGGUUUUUUUUUCUUUAAUGUGUAUUUUCGGGAUUUUAGCAAUCGAAAGUGACAAAAAUGGGAGCACAGAAAAGGACGAUUCCCAGGAACGUGACCAAUGGGAUAAUCAGGUAGGAACUUGGGAUCCCGCUAUCAAAAAAUCUGUACAAGGGGGGUCUUCCAUUGUUUUCAUCGACUUUUUUUUGUCUCUCUUGAAUCUCGAAAUUUUACAGGUUGAGAUAUUCAAAUUUCCAUUAGGUACAUCUGAUUUAUUCCGGCAUACUUUGGUGCCUAGCCAGGAAUUCUAGCCCAGAAAAAAAAGUUCCAGUGGUUUUUGGCAUUAUCAGAAACAUUUUAUUCUCAAACAAGUGCUCCUAGAAGCUCCUUAAACUCCUACUCGACCUCUAUGAAACUCCCAAGUUCUUAUUUCUGGAGCCGAACCCCCUCUUAGAUCUGGAGUAAUCUCCCUGGGUUGGCCCAAAAAUUAGUAAGAAAAUAUAGAACCCACUCUUUCAAAGCUCCGAAGCGAUCUCCCGGGGUUGGUCUGAAAAUUUGUAAAAUUUUGGCAUUCCCCCUCUUAGAUCCGAAGCAAUUUUCCAGGGGACAGAUGAGGAUCGAAAUUCUUAGGACAGAUGAGGAUCGAAAUUCUAUUGCAGUUCGAGUUCCUCCUGACGAUCCUGGGAAUGUCCGUCGGCCUCGGCAACAUUUGGCGCUUUCCAAUGCGGGCCUACGAAAAUGGAGGAUGUUUAGGAGCUUCUACGAGCUCUAAAAAUGUUAUAAUACUUUUCAGCUGCGUUCCUAAUUCCCUACCUAACCUGCGCCGUGUUAUUCGGCCUCCCAGCCAUGUAUUUGGAAGCCGCCUUAGGGCAAUACCAUCGAAAAACGCCGCCCAUUUUAUUCAGGAGAAUCGCGCCGAUUCUACAAGGUUUUCUUACUCAAUCAAAAGUUACUCAGAGAAAAAAAACUGUUCAUAAUCCAAAAAUGCCUCAAAAAUGGGAAUGUUCGCUCCAAGGCUAAUGAAAUGAGUGUGGCCUUUUUUACAGCUCGAAAUUUGUUAUUUAAAACUCAUGAAAUAUGUAAUAAACUUCAAACCAAGAAAUCAGCGACAGAGCGCGAUUGGCUAUUUUUCGCGGCUCAUUUUUCCUAUGAGUGCUUCUCAUAGAGGUAGGGAAAAUGAUUAUGAAAGGGUCGCUAAAUUCGAAAUUUGUAAUGAAAAAUACUUAUCAAAAAUCGAAUCGAUGGGCUUUUUUUUUUUGGAAUUUAGCCAUGGAGCGCGCAUGCUUCCACUUGAAAGCAGCUAUUUUUUCAAAAGUCAUUUUUCAGUCCUUUUUUCAUGAAGGGGAGAGGGGACACCCUGAAAUAGGGAUCACCUAAGUUUUACCCCUCUAGGACUACUCUAUUGUCCUCUAGAGGGUCUGUUCAUUCCGUAACUCCUUUAGGGACGCCUCUGGCAGUUUUUAAGUACAAAUUCCUAUUGGUCUUGAAAAGAAAAACCCGCAGGAGUCGGUUGGAUGAACGUGAUGAUCGCUUCCCUGGUCGCCGUCUACUACAUCUUGCUGAUUGGCUGGAUUGCCGUGUACCUUGUCGGCGUCCUCACUGGACACGUCGAUCAUUGGACCCAUUGCCAUAAUUCCUGGAACGAUGCGGGUAUAAUUGAAUGGAACUAUUGAAGAUUUAUUUAUAACCAAACUUGAAAUCAGAGAUUGGUCCAAAAAGUCAAGAAUGUUUAAUAAGAUUUCGGAAAAUUUAGUUACUAUGGAUAUACCAUAAAAUGUCCAAAUGAGCUAUUUAUAAAGCUUCUGACUUCUAUCUCACCCCUAGAGAGAUCACUACUACCAUCAUUUUUUUAAAAGUAUGUUUUCUUGAGACGUUUUAAUGUACCUUUCGUAGAUCUUUCAGCUGUCUCAACCCUAAAAUGAUCACUACUUGACUCAUCUCUCAAGAGACCACUUCAAAUUCUUAAAAUCCCCUCAGGAAACAAAGGAGAGUUCUCAACCCUGCUUUAAUUCUAAAGUGCCCACUUCAAAUCUAUCGGAGACUUUAAACCCUUAAGUAGCCACUGUCCUAACCCUAAAGUGAUCACUACUAGCCACAUCCCUAAAGAGGUCACUUUCUUUUUUUCUGAAUUCCUUCUUGGGAAACACAGGAAAGUACUUAACCCCGCUUUAACCCUUGAGUGCCCACUUUAAAGCUCAUCGGCUAUUUUAAAACCCUUAAGUAGCCACUUUACUAGUCCUAGAGUGAUCACUCCCCCCUCAAAGGAUCCCUCUCCUUCUUAAGCAACAAAGAAACGUUCGUAUUCCCGCUUAUACCUUUAAGUGUCCCCUUAGAAGCUCCCCAGCUACUCUCGAACCCUCAAGUGAUCCCUUUCUCCCUUCAGCCACCUGCAUCGACAUGUCCCUCCAAGAAAAGUGCGCACAAAACAGUACAGCGAGGACCUAUUUCCACGGAUCUUGCCACGGCGAAGAGUCCUUUGAAGGGAAGAAGAUGAUGGUCGCCACGGAGCAGUACUUCAUGUGAUUCUCAAACGUCUUCAGAUUCAACAAAAUGUUCAGGAACUACGUCGUCAAGCCAUCGACAGGGUUCAUCGACUUCAACACGAUCAAUUUCAAGUCCCUGAUCGGCGUCGUCGUGUGCUGGCUCUUCACGGCGUUUAUCGUUUUGAAGGGCGCCAAGUAUAUGGGAAAAGCUUCCUAUGUUCGUUUUUUCGAGACCGGUAGAGGGAGUCCCCUCUAGGGACCACUUUGUCGAUCCCUAUAGGCGCUACUAAACAUGCAAAAGUGGCCCCUAGAGUGGUCGCUUCCUUUUUGGACAACUUUGGGUGACCCCUAAAGGGUCCACUUGAGCUUAAGGGGCCAAGGGGUCAGAUCCGAAACCCCUAUAGGGACCACUUUUUACGCCCCUAUAUGGAUUUUCCCCCCUAACCCCUAUAGGGACCACUCUGAAACUUCUAAGAAGGGAAAACCCUGAUAAAUCCAAUGAACCGCCUUCCUUCGGUGCAGUAUUUCAUCUAAUAAAAAAAACUUCUUUAAGAAAAAGGCGGUCUCCUAGCUAAAUCAAUAACCUGCACAUCUAAGGUUACUGUAAUCAUGCCGUACGUCUUGGUGGUGAUCCUGUUCUUCCGCGGCAUCACCUUGGAAGGCGCUUCCGACGGACUGUACUACUACCUAGGCAAGCCGGAUUUCGACAAGUUGUUCUUGAUCGGAACCUGGUCGGCGGCACUCAAGCAAAUGUGCUUCUCUCUAUCGAUCGGUUACGGUGGAAUGAUCACGCUGGCGUCGUACAACAAGCCCAAGAACAACUGUUUCAGGGUAUGGAGAAAUUUGACUUUUUCUGGAGUUUUCAGAGAUUUUAACGUCGUUUCAUGGAUACUUUUUGAGCCUAUCGUAACUUGGAUACUGUAAGAAAAAUUCCAUAACCUUCAUACAGUAUUUCCGAACAGCUACCGUAGUCUACAGUACUGCAUAAGUCAUCUCAACCUGUGAAUCUGUACUUGAGAUUCUGAAAUCAGAGACUCUAGAUUUUCAAUAACCUAGUCUUUUUCAAAGUGAACUUGAGCUUAUCUCCAUUAUGGUGUACAGUAAUCCAACUCCUCAAAAAAGCUACCGUAACCCUGAGAUACCGUAGAAGCUUUCUCAAGUAAGAUGUAUUGCGAUCAUUCUGACAACUAGAACAAGAAGUAAGAAAUAACGUACUAUUGUAACGCCUACCGUAAUCAUGGAUACUGUAUACUUAUUAGGACGCCCUGGUCUUCGUCAUACACAGUAAUCUGAAUUCUCAAAUAAGCUACCGUAACCCUGAGAUACCGUAGAAGCUUUCUCAAGUAAGACUGUUCGACGGUCAUGUAUUGCGAUCAUUCUGACGACUAGAACAAGAAGUAAGACAUACCGUGCUAUUGUAACACCUACCAUAACCCUGGAUAUUGUAUAUCUAUUAGGACGCCCUGGUCGUCGUCAUAUACAGUAAUCCAAAUCCUCAAAUAAGCUACCGUAAUCCUGAGUUACCGUAGAAGUUAUCGAGUAAGACUAUCCGACGACCGAUAAAUUUCCAUCAUUCUGAAGACUAGAACAAGAAGUAGGAAUGAAUUUCCAUAUCAUUGUAGGACCUACCGUAUCCCUGGAUACUGUAAUCCUUUCAGGACGCCCUGGUCGUCGUCAUCGGCGACACUUUCAUGAGCUUGAUCGGCGGCGCCGCCGUCUUUUCGACUCUGGGUUUCUUGGCUCAUCAACGUGGCGUCGGCGUUCCUGACGUCGUCCAGAGCGGUGAUUCUUGUCAUCAUGACGUCACCGUCCGCACUUUACAGGCCUCUCCCUGGCGUUUGUCGUCUACCCCGAGGCGAUGAGUCACAUGCCCCUGCCCUGGCUCUGGUCUUUGCUCUUUUUCGUCAUGCUCUUCUGCCUUGGGAUCAGCUCGGAAAUCGGUUUAUCGUCCAAAGUGUUCGCAUUUUAAAGAUGUCUUUCAAGUAUUUGUCGAGAUUGGCUGCGCGGCGAUCCACGAUCAAUUGCCGUCACUGAAAAAUCGAAAAUACGUCAUUGUCACGAUUUUCUGCUUCGUUUUGUUCCUGCUGGGGAUCGUCAUGUGUACGGAUGUGGGUUUUUGGAUUGGGUACGGCUGAAAAAUUUCUGAUUUUGAUAGAGGAAAAAUUUUGGAAUCUACCAUGAGAAAGCUGAAAGAAGUCACUUCCCUAUUUUGAAAAUUUAUCAGUUUCUCAUUUUUUUUUUUUUGAAUGGGUCAUUCAUUAAACCGUAUUCCAUCCAAUUUUCAAGGAGUUUAUCGAUUUUUUUCUGAUAAUUAAUGAAGCUACUGAAUAGAAAUAACUCAUAUAAAUCGAUAAAAAAAACUGAUUUCAUGAUCAAAAAAAAAAAAUUAGCAAUGGAGCGCACCUGCCCUCCACUUUUUAGCCAUUUAAAAUUUUUCUCAAUUUCACCUGGCUUUUUUUAAGUUUUUUCCUUGUUAUUCUCAUCGAGUACAAAAAUGAGCCUUUUCGAAGGAAUAUAAUUGAAAAUUACGUCUUGGAGAACUCUUUUCCGAGCACCAAACUCGAAAAUUAUUCAUUCAAAACAGAAAAACUGAAAAUUCCAGGGAGGCUACUACUGGUUCGUAAUGUUCGACGAGUACGCGGCCGGCGUUUCGGCCUGCCUCGCGAUUACUGUAGAAACCGUAGUCAUCGCCUACAUCUACCGUAAUUUUACUCCAUUUUUUUGCGAUUAAAAAAUUAAUUAAGGCAACAAAAAUCAAGCAAAGGACAUGUUCGAGAUGUUGGGGCCGUCGAAAAACUUUUUCACGAGAAUUUUUGGACAGCAUUCUUUUUAUUUUCCUCUCAAUUGGCUGGUUAUCACGCCAGUCUUGGGAAGUGUGAGUGAUUGGUCGCAUUUGGAAUGGCUGACCGCGUUGCGGAUCGCGACGCGUCAAGCCAUUCUCAGUGCGAAUCAACAAAAAAUGUUUCAGGCUUUGGUUGUUCUGGCUAGCAAGCGUGACUAUCCAUUCGAAGGCGAUGCGGACAAGUAUCCAAUUCUUUUCGAUGUGAGUUUUGUUUGAAAUUAGAGCGAUAGAUUAGGUGGCCAGAAGAGACAACAGAGAAAGAGAGAUUUCCUGCUUCUCUGGAGUCUCUCCGAGACUCUGUAGAUCUCUACCUUUGCCUAUUUUUGACUUGAUUUUUACGAUAGUUUUCAGAUACUCGGUUGGACCGUCUGCCUGAUUCCCGCUUUCAUGAUGCCAAUUUUCGCCUACGUUGCUUAUGCGCAGUUCAAAGCUGAAAACUAUGUGAGUAGCCUGGAAAAAGAUCCCAAAAAAAAUAGUCAAAAGAUCUCUUCGGUUUAUUAAAGCAUUUUCAAUAAUUCUAUCGAAUUUCAAAAAAUGGGUGGCCAUAUGGCUACAAGUCAAGUCGCUGCUUCUCUCCGCCAAACCAAAGUCAAACAAGAGUCGCACAGCGGUUCGAUUCAAACUCUUGACUCUUGAACUUGAAAAGCGUAAGUCGCUUAUGGUCGGGCGCAAAGUCGAAAACUGCUCUUCAUCAGUUCAUUGCAUGUUCGGCGUGCCUAAUGCAAACGUUGUGCUUUCAAAGUUUCCGAACUUCGACCCAAUUGAGACUCUCAACGCUUCAAUUCCAAGAGCGCAAGUCGCUUUUAGUCGGGCGCAAACCAGAAAAAACCGCUUUUCUUCAAUCCAUUUCAUGUAGAGUAGGCGUAUCUCAAUGGAUAGGUACUAAAAAUAAAAAAGCCCUUCUCUCCAGGACCUUCGAGGCCUCUUCAUGAAACAACUUCAAUUACCGUCUUACCCAAGGAUCUACGCAGAAAUGGACGAAGAGGAGAUGAAUAAACAGGUUUAUUUUUCAAAUAUUAAUUUUGGGAUCAAAAUUUUCAGAAAAUCCUUCCCGACCGAGAGCCCUGGGACUCGGCUCCCACGGGCUUUACCCUGCCCGAUUCUACCGAUUCGGGCGACAUAAGAUUGGAAGUUUUCACCGACUCAGUUCAUGUCCCUUCGAUUUGA